AUGAUUCUCGCCAUCGACAGGGCCAUUGACAGCAUUAUCAUAAAUCAGCCACAAGGAGACAUCACCCUGUACUCUGACAGCCUAUCUGUGCUACAAGCCCUCGAUAACCCCUACCACAACAAUCCACGAAUCAAGCAACUGAAAUUCAAAAUCCACACCUUACAAACUGCACACACCCAAUCCACACAUUUCGCACACGUCCCCGCCCACACGGGCAUUACCGGGAAUGAAAUCGCUGACAAACUAGCAAACAAGGCCCGCACACUACAAACAAAAGUCCAUGUUCCCUACAGUAAACGGUACCUCAGCAAACUGCUCUGGAGGGAACAAAAACAUGGAAACAUGGCAACAAAGCUGGGAAACCGAAAACCAAGACCGCGUUAUCAAAAAAUGGCUCCCACGAAUUCAAUAUGCCCACCUCAUUUUUCCCCUUCCUACUUCCUAAGCCAGAUGCUUACCAGGCACGGCAAUUUCCCAGCAUACUUUAAGAAACGCAACAUCGAUCACACACGAAAAUGUAAAUGCGGCGAUCCAAAUGCGGACGUCCUACACUACCUAACCCAAUGCACAGAAACCCUGCCCUUCACAAACAAAAUGGCGCGCGCCAUCAACACCCAAAUUACCCCCGAUAACCUACACAACAUCUUACAGUGCCCCUCCGGCCUGGACCUCGUCCGAGAGAUGGCAGAACACAUCUCCACCAACAUCAACCCAUCACCGACAAACCGAUAA